UACACGCGUUGCUAAGUGCGUUUGAAUACAAAGCUGUCAAGUGUCACCUCCGAGAGAGAGAGAGAGAGAGAUCUCGUUUUUUCUCACACCUCGCGGUGUGCGAAUUCGAGUGCGAACUCUUAACGCGAGAUCUGCCGCAGAGUAGAGAUCGCGGAGCCAUUCGCCACUCCGUGGGAUUGUUUCUUCUGAAUGACACCGUGAUCGUGAACCUUCUCUGUUUUCUUUCUAUAGCCGACAGAAAUAUUCCGAGCAAGAGUGCUCGCAACCGGCCAGUUCCUGGUUUGCGUUAAAUGGCUUUGCUAUUUACCAGCAUGUGGGACUCGUCGAUGUUUCUCAACACCCUCACUCCGAAGUUCUACGUCGCCCUUACCGGCACCUCGUCCCUCAUCUCCGGCGCGAUCCUCAUCUUCGAAUGGUGGUACUACAGCAAGUACGGUCACUCGUUCAUCGAGCACGUGUCCCUGACCCACAUCUCGCCGUGGCUGAACGGCGACAGCGGCAAUGACAGCAACAACACGGACCUUAACACCUCGGGCGGCUCUUCGAAUCAACAGAACGGUCUGGAACACAAGUUCUGGCGAAAUCCUAUAAGUCUGUUCAGAGGAGCGGAGUAUCAGCGGUUUUACUGGGCCACCAACAAAGACGCGCUGACGUUCAACGACAUGAACCUGUCCGCUCAGGAGCAUCAGACUUGUUUUACCUGCGACGGAGACGCAGGUAAAUACGAGUAUGAGAUUAUGCAGACAGCUUGGCGGCAGCCCAAUCCGGAUAUCAGAAUACAAGCUGCAAAAAAGGCGCUUGAGCACAAUCCCGAGUGUGCACCAGCUUAUAUUCUUCUCGCGGAGGAGGAGGCAACUACCAUUACGGAAGCGGAGAAAAUUCUGAAGCAAGCGCUCAAAGUGGCCGAGAACAAUCACAGAAAGUCGCAGAGCACCCAGCAUCAGGGUUCCAUAGCCGAGGCAAUACACAAACGGGACACGAACGUGCUGAUUUACAUUAAGAGACGACUGGCGAUGUGCGCGAGAAAGCUCGGCAAACUCAAAGAAGCGGUGAAGAUGUUUCGCGAUCUCAUGAAGGAAGUGCCGCCGGCCAUGCACACGUUGAGCAUCCACGAGAAUCUGAUCGAGGCGCUGCUGGAGAUGCAGGCGUACGCGGACGUGCAGGCCGUGCUGGCCAAGUUCGACGAUAUCAGCUUGCCCAAGUCGGCGACCAUCUGCUACACGGCGGCUCUGCUGAAAGCCCGAUUGGUGGCGGACAAGUUCUCGCCCGACAUCGCCAGCAAACGCGGUCUGACCACCGCCGAGAUGUCGGCGGUCGAGGCGAUCCAUCGGGCGGUCGAGUUCAAUCCGCACGUGCCCAAGUAUCUCCUCGAGAUGAAGCCGCUCAUUUUGCCGCCCGAACACGUGCUGAAGCGCGGCGACUCCGAGGCGAUCGCUUACGCGUUCUUCCAUCUGGCUCACUGGAAGCAGGUCGAGGGCGCCCUGAAUCUGCUCCACUGCACGUGGGAGGGCACGUUCAGGAUGCUGCCGUAUCCGCUCGAGCGCGGCCAUCUCUUCUAUCCGUAUCCGACGAGCACCGAGAAAUCCGAACGGGAACUUUUGCCCAAGUUUCACGAGGUCAGCGUCUACCCGAAGCGCGAACUGCCCUUCUUCAUUCACUUCACCGCCGGUCUGUGCUCAAUCACAGCUGUACUGGCACUGCUGACGCACCAGUAUCCGGACACUAUGGGCAUAAUCGCGCGCUCGCUUCUCGCCGGGCUGUCAAACCCGUUUUACUUCAUCUUCGACAAACUGGAAGCCAUCUUGCCGGCCAACUUACUGCAGCAGCUCUCUAGAAUAUAAGAUUUUGUCCUGAGAUCUCCGUUAAGUUAUUAAUUAAGGCUUGUGAUAUUCGCAAUACGAUUACGUAUGAUAGUUAUUGCUUCGCUUUCUCCCCGAUCUGUAGACGUCUCUCCUUCACAUAUAAAUGUGUCACAUGUGCGUACGUAUGAGAGAUUACGUAUCAGCUCCAGUUUCCAAUUCUCUCUCAUGAUCUAAUGUAUCAUUAAUAUCCUUCCCCACAGUAGUCGUGCAAUAUAUCUAAGUCGUGUUGUUUAUCUUGUGUGUGUUUUGUAAGUUAUCGAGUAAUUUCAGACGCAAGAGACGAUGUAACAAAUUAGACAUCUUUUUUCCGUCGACUCGAGAAUUAUCUCCUCGAGCGAUUUGCACAUUUCGACGAUAUGCACCGAUGAUGUGUGUGGAAAAAAAAGACGAUUGUUUUUGUUAUAUCUCUUUCUUUUGGAGUGCUGAAUAAACUUGGGGUGAUGUUUUA